AUGGGUAAAAAAGACAAACAUUCAAAGGUGGACUUGGGUGAGGCCCAAGAAACCGGCACUUUUCACUUGAAACCGUCUACUGCUGAGCCAAGCCUUAAAUCCGAUCAGUGGCCUCUUCUGCUUAAGGUAUGGAGAAAUUUGUAAUU